AUGUCAUAAAUAUAUGAUGAGGGUAUGUUUAUAAUUAAAGCUUAUUACAAUGAGUUUGCUUAUUUUUAAAUAUUAUGUUUUUAUAUAAAUUUAUAUUUUAUGCUACCAUCCCUUUCACAAAUUCUUGUAUCAAGGUGAAGUUCUUUCAUAUUAGGUUGCAAGGCUUUUGUUCAAAACUCUCUAGGCUACAACAGCUUCACACUGGAAGAAGGUAGUAUCCGAUCGUUUGGAUUUCAUUCCAUGGCUCUAUGCAAUGCACUUAUAUCCUUCUAUAUCACCAAAGAAAAAGAAUCACUGUAAACUUCCAUUUUUCCCCCUUUUUGUCCUUUCUUGACUUUCUGGCAGAUGCUUGGAUUAGCAAUUUGUCGUUGAAAAUUUUGUAGAAGACAUCUGUCUCGUGUUUUCAAAAUAAAACCUCUUUGAGAUUUGAAGAAAAACUAGUUUUUCUUAAAGAAUUAAAGAAGGGAAAGUCAAUAGACAUGUGCACUAGAAAGAGGCCUAACAGCAUGCACAUUUGAUACAUAUUCAAUUGAAACUAAACGAGGCGUCUUAGAUUCAAGUUCUCCUUCAUUUCUUAAUGUUCUAAAUUGUGUUCUGUUUACUGGAGAAAACGAUUGCAAGUGUCAGGCGUCUUAGAUUCAAGUUCUCCUUCAUUUCUUAAUGUUCUAAAUUGUGUUCUGUUUACUGGAGAAAACGAUUACAAGUGUCAGGCGUCUUAGAUUCAAGUUCUCCUUCAUUUCUUAAUGUUCUAAAUUGUGUUCUGUUUACUGGAGAAAACAAUUACAAGUGUUAAUGACACUUUCCAUUGAGGCAGUGGUAUUCCUCUAUCACACAAUCCUGAAACUAUAACAAAAAGGGUUGCGGAAGAGAGACAAUUUUGGGGAUUAUGCUGAAAAUGAUGAUAAGAGUUUUACCAGUAAGGAAGACCCAUAUUAAUUUUCAUUCCACAUUGAAAAUCUCGAGGUGGGGAUGCAAACUCUUAUUGUGAGCUUCCUUCUGAACUUGUCAAAGUGGGGAAAACAACAAAAACCCAAUUUUCUCUGGCCCCUUCAAUAAGGACACCCUAGUAGUGGCAUAAUUGUAAGUACAAGACACUAUCACCUUUUAGAUUUUUAUUUGUACAUUUUUGACUUUGUGUAAGUUUUGUCUGCUUAGAGGUUAUAGAAUCAUGGAAAUCACUGGAGAAAGAGUUAGAAUCACCUCUAGCUGAGUCAUGGAUUCAUCUCCAGCUGACGAAGAGAACAAGGCUACCAACAGCUAGAUCUGACUCUUUCAAGUGAUGAAAGAAUUAGGACACAAGCAAAGAGGCAAUUAGUCAAACAAUUUUGGUAUCGGUGGAAUUUUCUUAUUUUGACGAGAUAGGAUCUUAGGAAAAAAAGGAAUGGAGAAGAGGGCCCCUUUUGAGAAUUAAUUCUAAAAUGAUGACCAAGUUUUACGGCAAAGGGGAAAGAUUUUUUGUGCCAUGGAGUGCAGAAUUCUCUUCCACAUUGAAAAUUACAUGUUGGGGAUGCAAACUCUUAUGGUUGAGCAUCCUUCUGAACUUUCCACGGUGGAUAAAACCAAAAAAAAAUAAGAAAAAGAGAAGCCUUUGGAAAGAUAAUUUUCUGUAGACAGAAAGUUGGGCCCCCUUCCGAAAAGGGCAUCUACUGGUACCUUCUUUAGAUUUUUAUUUGUUCAUUUUUUAACUUGUUCAUAUUCUGGUUGCUUAGAGGUCAUAAAAUCAUGGACAUUACUAGAGAAAGAGAAUAAGGGGAGAGAGCCAUUUCUCGCUGAGUUAUGAAGUCUCAUCUUCAGCUUCUAGCUCUCUCACUUUCUGGCCUCCUUUUGCCUCUUGUUUGUCUCUGGAUACUCAAGGCCAGAUCCAAUUUUCACAAGAAGAAAGGCAGGACACCUCCAGAGCCAGCAGGGGCAUGGCCUCUUCUGGGCCACCUCCAUCUUCUUGGAGCAGACAAGCUACUGCACAGAACCUUGGGAACCAUGGCUGAUAAUUAUGGACCAGCCUUCUGUAUCCGUUUAGGCAUGAAGAAGGCUCUGGUGGUUAGCAGCUCUGAAAUUGCAAAGCAGUGUUUCAUUGAAAAUGAUAAAAUUUUGUCCACCCGGCCAAGAUCUGUAGCCUUAGAAAUCAUGAGUUAUGACCAUGCUGUGUUUGGUUUUUCUCCUUACGGGCCAUACUGGCGCGAGGUACGGAAACUAGCCAUGGUCAAACUCCUGUCAAAUCAUAGACUUGAGGUGCUCAAGCAUGUCAGGGACUCGGAGGUGAAGUUUUUUGUCAAGGAGAUGUAUGAGCAGUGGGUGGGGAAAGGGUGUGACAGCCCAGUUUUGGUGGAAAUGAAGCAGAAGUUUGGGGACUUGGCAAUGAACAUAAUUGUGAGGAUUAUUGCGGGAAAAAGGUAUUCUGGCAGCAGCAAUGAGGAGUCGAGGCGCUGCCAAAAGGCGAUGGGUGAUUUCAUGCAUCUAGUCGGCUUGUUUUUGGUUUCCGAUGCAAUUCCAUUUCUCAGUUGGCUGGAU